AUGGCACCCAAAAAGCCUUCCACGACGGCAGAAGUUGCCCUAGUUCCUCUGAAGAACUGCCUCGUUAAUCUCCCGCCGUCGCUGGUCGCCUUGCUGGUCAAUGCCAACACGGCUGCGCAAAAUGUCAUUAUUGAGUUACAGUACAAACCCCCCUCUGUUAAGGCCAAUGGUGUGCCGCCGCAACGAUCAUGUUUCUUGGGCUGGACGGGCAUGCCAAGCAAGCGGAAGCUUGCGCCGGUCGUUGGCCGGGAAGGCAUAAGCAGCGGCUUCUCCAGGGAGCAGGAGAUCUCUACUGUAGAGUUAGAUACCACAUUCGGACGCCUGCUUGGUCUGACCGAAGGGCAGAAGGUCGGGCUACUCGUACACCUUGACCCACCUGUCGCACAUACAAUCAACAUCGAGCCAUUGACACCAGAAGACUGGGAGAUCAUCGAGCUCCACGCCACAUUUCUGGAACUCAACCUCCUCUCCCAGAUCCGCGCUCUACCAAAUCCCUCAUAUAGUACAGCGCAGUCAGAGCAUAUGCACCCGCUCGCAUUGCACCUUUCACCCACCUCAACCGCUAACAUUAUCGUUACAUCUCUUACUCCCGUGCCGGCCACCACCUCUCCAUUCGCGAAGAUCGCACCGGACGCGGAGGUCAUUGUUGCUCCGAAACUCCGAGCGAAGCCCGGGAAAUCACCCCGAGGAGACAGCCGGAGCAAUGCUGGUAGCAGCAGAAAAAGCACCGGUGGACGCAGCUCCGGCAGCACAGUUCGCCCCAAGGGCCGGUCUGAUUCGAGAGCUGCUCUAUAUCUGCGAGGGGUGGAACGCCUGUCAGCCGAUCAAUACUUCGAUGCGGAAAUGGAAGAGGAUGAAAACGACGGAUUCCGUGUUUGGGUUGACCCCGAAUUAUUGGCUUCCAACGAACUUCGUGGUGCAAGCUGGGCGUGCGUGUCUGUUGUUCAGCCCGCUGGUCUCAAGCCUCCCGUGGAUCCUCAGCAGCAACUUGCUCAGCAGGAGCAACAGAAAUCGAAUGAAGGUGGCUCUCCAACGACCAAGUUAGUGGCCAAACUGCUACCAUGGGAGGAGGCUCCAGACAGCAAGCAUGUGGCGAUGUCCACUUUGCUGUGUACUUCGUUAGGCGCAGAGAACAUUGUGGGCGGAAUCGUCCGUGUUGAGGCCGCACCCCCGCAGCUCCAUCGAUCGGCCGUUAAGACGCUCAAGUUGUAUCCAUUUAUGACUGAUACAUCGAAGAAGAAGGAUGGGCUGAAAUUCGGUGCCGACACGGUCGCCUCUCGGGAUGCACUAGCCGAGCGUCUCAAGGUUAUCUAUGGCAGCACUGGUUCCGACAUCGGGCUGUUUUCAGGACCCUUGACUGAUGGUAUGGUUCUUCCCAAAGUUGAAAACCAUCCUUCGGUCUCGUCCUUCGAUGGUGCCAUUCUUUGUUUUGAUCCUCCGCUGAAGGGAGGUUCUGAUGAGACCAAGACGAUGUUUGGGUGGCUUCUAGGCUCUGAAGCUAAACUGAAUCUCGAGGUGCAAGCCGAAAUACCCAAACCAUUUGAUUCAGCCUCAUCCGCAUUACCUUCCGAUGACUCAGUUCCCGAUGCCAUGCCCCAGAUGGUGGGUAUUGAUUCGAUCAUCUCCCAGUCAAUGACAAACUUGACAAAGUCGUCGUCUAUUUUGUUGACCGGUGGACUUGGAGCUGGGAAGACUGCUUUGACCCACCUUUUAGCUCAUCGUCUGCGCAAGGAGUAUCUCUUCAACGUGAAGUACUUCUCUUGCCGCAAGCUUGUCACCGACGAGACGCGAAUCUCCAACAUUAAAGAGGUCCUGAACCGUCUGUUCAUGUCCGCCUCGUGGUGUGCUCGCCUCGGUGGCCAGGCUGUUGUUAUUCUUGAUGACCUUGACAAGCUCUGCCCUGUCGAAACUGAAAUGCAAGUUGGCAAUGACAACGGCCGCAGUCGUCAAAACAGUGAAGUCAUUUGCUCCAUGGUCCGAGAAUAUUGUUCCAUGAACUCUUCUGUCGUCCUGCUGGCCACUGCGCAGGCAAAGGAGUCCUUGAACAACGUCAUUAUAGGUGGCCAUGUUGUCCGUGAGAUCAUCAACAUGCGGGCCCCAGACAAGGACGGACGCCGGAAGGUUCUUGAGAAGCUUACCAAGCAAGAUAAGUCCGCCGAGUCACUCAAUGGUCAUGUACGGUCGACGAGCUCCUCCACCCAGAACACCCAUGACUCGUGGCUUGAUCCAUCGAACCCUGGAAGUCGGCCAAGCUCUUCUGGUGGUGAUGGAUUUGUUCUCAGCAGAGACAUCGAUUUCCUCGAGCUUGCGGGUAAAACCGAUGGAUAUAUGCCUGGCGAUUUGGUGCUCUUGGUUGCUCGCGCACGUAAUGAGGCACUCAUUCGCUCCGUCCAAGAUCUCGCUUCCGAAUCUAAGAUGAUCACUCUUGGAUCGGAAGACUUCGACAGUGCACUAAAGGGAUUCACACCGGCAUCUCUCCGCAAUGUUACCCUUACCUCGUCUACAACCACCUUCUCCGCCAUUGGUGGCUUGUUCGAGACCCGAAAGACCCUGCUGGAGACCUUGCAAUACCCAACGAAGUAUGCACCGAUCUUCGCGCAAUGCCCGCUGCGACUGCGCUCUGGUCUGCUCUUAUAUGGGUUCCCUGGUUGCGGUAAGACGCUUCUUGCGAGUGCAGUGGCCGGUGAGUGUGGCUUGAAUUUUAUCAGCGUGAAGGGUCCUGAGAUCCUGAAUAAAUACAUCGGUGCCAGUGAAAAGAGUGUCCGUGACCUCUUCGAACGGGCCCAGGCUGCCCGUCCUUGCAUUCUGUUCUUCGAUGAGUUCGAUAGUAUUGCACCGAAGCGUGGCCAUGACUCUACUGGUGUGACCGACCGUGUUGUUAACCAGCUUCUGACCCAAAUGGACGGUGCUGAGGGUCUCUCUGGAGUGUAUGUUUUGGCAGCGACUUCGCGACCCGACCUGAUUGACCCGGCCCUCUUGCGUCCCGGUCGGCUGGACAAGUCCUUGCUCUGUGAUAUGCCUACGCAUGCUGAUCGUCUCGACAUUAUUCGAGCUGUGAGUGAAAAGCUCAAGGCGGAUGAUGAAGUUAGGUCUCGUCUGGACGACAUCGCAGCCAGGACCGAGGGCUUUUCGGGCGCUGACCUCCAGGCUGUCGUGUACAACGCCCACCUGGAGGCCGUGCAUGAUGCCCUCGGCGACAAAUCCUCUGGUGGUGCCAAGGCCGGUGCGAAGCCCAACACGGGGAGGAAUUCUUCCGCUAGUGCCUCGACCAGGUCAUUCAUCCAGUUCCUGUACUCGUCCUCGGAGGAAGCUUCCGGCUCGGUCUCGAUGCCCUCUCCGGCUAUCGUAGCAGCCAAGCUGGACGCAAUCAAGAAUGCCCGCCGGCGCCAACGCCAGGUUGAAGGUGGCUCCGCUGGUGUCGGUGCUGGUCUCUCGGCACCAGUGGCGAAUGGGGCCGACGCCGAUGCUGACGAGCUGCGGGACGACAUCAUCGUCCGGUGGGAGCACAUCGAGUGUUCUCUGAACUCUACCCGCUCCUCUCUCAGUGCAGCCGAGCGCAGACGUUUCCAGGGUAUCUACCGUGAAUUCGUCGUCGGCCGCAAUGGCGAGAUGCCCAAUGGCGAGGCGGCUAAUGAGAUCGGUGGCCGGUCAAGUCUGAUGUGA